CUGCACCUGUUUUAGCCCAUCUGAUUGAGAGAGGCAGCAGUAGGUGUGUCGGAGUCAGCUUGGAUCCCUGCCCAGCUCCACACUCCCAGCCUUGUCACUUGGGCAUCAUGGAAGUGGCUGUGCCUCAGUUGGCAUGCUACACUUGAGAGAGGUGAACUCCAGGCUUGACAGCUACCUUCUUGCUCACUAUGGCAUCACUGAGUUGUCCAAGCUCGGCAUGAACUUGCUGGCCCUUCUGCAGCCUCCUCAUGUGCUGGGAUUACAGAUGGUGAAACAGACUGAGGAGAUGUUGAUUCUUAAGCACCAUUCCUGUAAAAUGAAUUACAUUGUACUCACAAGAAAAUCCCACAGAGAAGUUGUCAAGGAAGUGAAAUUCUCAAACUCUCCCUGAAAGGAAGAGGACUUCUAGUGAGACCACUGGAAUGCACCAUGCAGGAGAAAAUGAGGAGAAAGACGAGAAACUUCAAACACACGGCAGUCAAGGACAACAAAGCACACAAUGUUGUGAGUGACCAAGAAUCUGUAGAAGAUGAUAGUCAGUGCUACAAACCUAUAACAAAUGAGAGAGUGGAAGCUGAGAAGAGACAGUACGUAUGCCGUGAGUGCGGGAAAGCCUUCAGUCAGAGUGCCAAUCUCACAGUGCACGAGCGAAUCCACACUGGAGAGAAGCCCUACAAGUGCAAAGAGUGUGGGAAAGCCUUCAGUCAUAGCUCCAACCUCGUGGUUCAUCGGAGAAUCCACACUGGCCUGAAGCCCUACACGUGCAGUGAAUGUGGGAAAUCCUUCAGUGGAAAGUCCCACCUCAUCCGGCACCAGGGAAUCCACAGUGGAGAGAAGAUGUAUGAAUGUAAGGAAUGUGGGAAAGCCUUCAGUCGGAGCUCAGGGCUUAUUUCCCACCACCGAGUUCACACUGGGGAGAAGCCCUACACUUGUACCGAGUGUGGGAAAGCCUUCAGCCGGAGUUCCAACCUCACUCAACAUCAGAGGAUGCACAAAGGAAAGAAAGUUUACAAAUGUAAGGAGUGCGGGAAGACAUGUGGUUCUAAUACAAAGAUAAUGGACCACCAGAGAAUUCACACUGGGGAGAAACCCUUUGAGUGUGAUGAGUGUGGCAAAGCUUUCAUUUUAAGUAAGACCCUUCAUGAACAUCAGAGACUCCAUCGUAGAGAGAAACCUUACAAAUGUAAUGAGUGUGGGAAAGCCUUUACCUCCAAUCGAAACCUCAUAGAUCAUCAGAGAGUCCAUACUGGCGAGAAACCUUAUAAAUGCAAUGAAUGUGGGAAAACUUUCAGGCAGACUUCUCAAGUUAUUUUACAUUUGAGAACUCACACUAAGGAGAAACCCUAUAAAUGCAGUGAAUGUGGCAAAGCUUAUCGUUACAGCUCACAGCUUAUUCAACAUCAGAGAAGACAUAAUGAGGAGAAAGAAACCUCUUAAAUAAUACACAGUGUUGGUAAUAGGGCUAUUUGCUACUUUUCUGAAAAGCAAGUAGUAUCAGUAACCUUGAUUCUACUUCCAAGAGUCUAUACAAAAAAGUAGUAAGUAGGGCCGAGGAUUUAGCUCACUGGCAUAAGCGCCUGACUGGCAAGCACAAAGUCAUGAGUUUGAUCCCCAGUAAAAAAAGGUAGUAAUAACAAACAGAUGAAGUUAACAAAAGGAAUAUUCUAAAAGAAUGUUCUUUCAUUUAUAACUGAAAUAGAAAAAAAAUCUAGAUUUUUUCAACAGUACAGGAUUAAAUGAAUGAUGUUCUAUCCAAAAAAUGAUUCUUUAGCACUGUAAACAGUUUUAAAGAAUAAGCUGAGCUACUCUGGAUCCUGAGGUGGGAGGAUUGUAAAUUUCAAGGUAAUCUGACCAGGAUAGUGAGACCCCCAUCUCAAAAAAUAUAUAGAAUGAUACGGAGAAAUGUCUGGAUUAAGAGAAAGAUGAACACAAUAAAAUAUAUUCCAAUUUUUAAAAACACAUGCCUAAGAAAAAGCAUGGAAGUGAACUACGCCAAAAUAUUAAUGGUGAUUACCUCUGGGUGAAAGAUUAUAGGUAGUUUCUAUAGUUUUCUAUGCUUUCUAGAUUUUCUACAGUGAGAAUACUACUUUUAUAUUUAGUAAAAAGAUGGUAUUUUUUAAAUUCAGUGAACUCAUGCUCAUUUUCAUGGAACAGUUAGAAAAUGCUCACAGUGUACGAAUAGAAGGCCUCAGGAUUAAAUGCAGUCUGGCACUUAGAAGGGGACCAUGACCAAGUCAGUUGGUUUAGGGCCUCUUUCAUGUUAGUAAAACCACCAACACUGAUCCUUUAUGUUUUGCAGUUUUAAAUCGACUUUCGAGUUGUCAAAAAAGUAUAUAAUCACUUGUAUUAAAAGAACACAGCAAAAAAUUUACAACAUCUUUCAGUAGUGGAAAGAUCUGUUAAAUGAUGCAGAAUUACCUAGGUUCCAUCUUUUUAGUAUAUGCUUAGACAGCUUACAAAAAUGCAUACUCAGGAAACAGAUAAUCAUAGGUACAAAAACCUGAAAAAGUUACAGUUACCAGUAAGUGUAACUGGUAGAAGAAGAGUUUGCCUUCACAUGUUCCGUAGAGCUUGGUAGAAGCAUAGACUGGAGUUGGGAGAUCUGUGUUCCUACCUUAAGUCUGCAGUCAUAGCUUGUCACUAACCUGCUGUGAACCCCUUCACAGGUUCCUAUGAGGACAGUGACAGUGCAAGUCAUGGCAGGCCUGGUGCAUGGCACACCAUGAUAGCUCACAUGUAAGACAUUGGGACCGUGUUUCUCAGCACUGUAGGGGGAGAGUGAUUCAAGGGAAGCUGUGCCAAAGGUAGCGUGUAGGAUAUGUUCAGGUGAAAUAAAUGAGCUACUAAGCAGUAGGUACAUGGACCUUUACCCUAGCUGUUUCCUCAGGAAGAGACCUAGAAGGAACCAGCUCCAAGUCUGCUUUGGAAGCUUGGCUAACUUCUCAGACUCCCAAUAUAACUACAUAAUCUUAAUCAUCACUUCUGUGUUUUUUGUAAUAUGAGGGCAGUGUCUGAAGUCAGGAUUGAGGAAGGAGCCUAGGCUUUCUCACCACGUUCCUUUAAUUUAUCAUUGGGAAAAAGUCUUUCCCAGCAGAAGGGAGAGAAGAGUGUUGAGCAGGCAGUGCUCCAGCGUCUCCCACCUCUGUGUCAGCCCUCCAGAGAGGCCUUUGCCUGUCUUCAACCAGUAUUCAGAACUUUUAAGUCUUUACCUCAGAAUCUGCCUGGCAGCAGUGAGAACCCUCCAUUCUUCAUCAUCCCUUGUGUACAGUGAGCUCUUCAACCCAUGGCCCUUUGUAUUACACACACAACUCACUGUUGCAGGUUAUUGAGGGUACUUGUCUCAUUUAACCUUACUAUUGUGUAAGACAAUUGAGUCUCAGUAAGGUUAGGUGACUGACCUCAGUAAGGUUAGGUGACUGUCAGUGUUUGGGGUCAGGAUAUGAGCUACAAUCUGACCUUGAAGUUCAUGCUGCCUUCGUUUUACCAAAGUGCCUCUGCCCACCACAAUGAUUCUGUGUGAGGGACCAGUUAGGGCGCUCUUGGGCCGCUACUUCUGUUAUAGGUGAUUGUACCUGAACGGUUGUUGGACCGUGGUUUCAUUAGGAAGAUACUGUAAACCUUAGUUUUAAGGGUUACAUAUUUCUUUCCUCUAGUUAGAGCAAAGAAGUGAAGGGUUUAUAUAUUUUUGUGAAAAGGAUUGUUUGGCUUUGUCCUAUUUUGGUAGGACAGUUUUACAUAUAAUUUUUUGAUAUUGCAGUUAUUCAAGGCAGGGCUUGAGGGGCUUAACGAGGUGUUGCUUCCAGGGCCAUUCAUCACUAAGUGGAGUUGAUGACUUACCCUGUGUCACUGAACAGAUAUUUUCUUACCACUGUGUCACAGAGUCUGAACUUCUUCACAUAGGCUUUCUUUUUCAUAUGAAAGGACUCUGAUCUUUCAAUACCUUCAAGAAAAAAUUCACCUUAUAUGCAGAAACCUUACCACAGGAGAGUCUCACAUUUGUUGCUCUAACAAAGCCAGGGUUACAGCCCUCUAAACCUUCACCUGUCUUCUAGGCCAGUGCCUGCCUUAAACUGCAGAAGCGAAUGAUGGUUAUGUAAUAGGUUCCUACAUCCUUAAGAUAAAUAUUCUGGUAUGUGAUUUGAACUGGGCACCCAGCUUCAGAGUCUGCCAGGACUGCCAGAGGUUAACCUUGGAGUUCAGCACAUUCCCCUUAGCUUGAGCCACCAGUGGUACACACGACUGCCCACCAGGCACCUCAUACCACUGGUGGUAAAAACAGAUCUACUCCCUCUCAUUGCUCUUUUUACUAGUACAAUUAAGCCACCCGAUGGGACAGUCACACAUGUUCCACCAGUGGUUUAAGCUGCCUGGCAGCAAGAUUUAACAAAUUAUAGCCUUGUUGCUGACCCGUCUUUCAACCCCUUUCAUACUGCUCUGAAUUGGGGCUGUCUUUCAGUAGAACCUUAACUAUUAAGGACAGUGUUUUCUCCACAAUCCCUUGAUUGCUAAUUUUUCUGUCAUUUAACCCACAUACUCCUCCAUACUGCUGUUUCUUCUCUGUUCUCCACCAGAAACUUGGCUGUCUUGAAAUUAUCUCAUGAAACUUGUGCAUUACCCACCUGUUUGUUACCCACUGGCUUCCUGGGCACUCUAUUCAUUCGUGUUUUUGAUGCUCUGAAUAUUGCUGUGAAAUAUAGAAAGGAAAUAGUUUACAGCCACCCUGGUUGUAUAGAAUUGCCUUGUGUGAAGUGAGAGUAUACUUGCACCUAGAUGAGUGGAAAGUGAAACUAAUCUUACAUAUGCUCUUAAUUAAAGGAAACAUGCACUCUGGAAGCUGAAGCAGGAUUGAGGCCAGCUUGGGGUACGCAGUUUAAAGCCAGCAGGAACUAUGUCUUGGGGGAGCGAAAUAAAAUACUUAAGGUAAACCUGCUUAGAGAGCAAUAUGAUGUCUCCUUGAGAGAUUUUUCUUCAUACCUGGUAUGUACCAUGUUAGAUUUUGGAAGAAACUGAAACCAAAAGUAGCAUUAAGUAGAUGAGAAAAUACAUUGCCUAAAUUCCAAGAUUAAAUUCAAUGCAGCUCUCCUCUUAGUUUCCUUUUUCCAUUCAGUAUAAAUAAAAGGAUGGUUUUAUUGUUUAGGUGGUAAUCAUGAAACUUGUUAAUCACCUCCAAUAUAAAACUGGCUUCAUAAAAUUGUUUUUGCAAGAAAUGGUGAUAGUUCCUCCAAUAAACCUGUUCUUAAAAAUA